CUUCAAUUGAUACCAAUAUAAUGAACGAAUGGCUUAAUUUGAAAAUGAUAUCAUUGGCUAAUAAUAACAUUAAACGUCUCAAUAGAGUUUGGUUUCCACCAGUACUGGAAAACCUUUGGUCUCUAGACUUGAGCUAUAAUAGUAUAAUAGAGAUUCCCAAAGAUUUUUUCACAGGAAUGCCUGCUCUGAGAAAAUUAAGACUUGAUAACAACUUCAUGAAGACAUUGCAUGAUUGGUGGUUAGGACCAGUUUGGAACCAUUUGCACGAAUUCUGGAUCGAUAAGAAUAACAUGACAUGUAAUCCGGAUCUUUCGUGGAUUCCUAACGCAACUCAUCCGACAUUCUUCGAUGAGGGCAUGUGUUGUAGUCCUCGCAAACAAAUUAUGAGAUAUUUCCAUGAAUUGAGAAAUCUUGACGAAGACAUUACACCUCUUGAGCCUCAAUCACCCUAUAAGUCAGUUAACAAUUAG